ACUUGGAAAAGUAAAUUAGUAAUAUUUGAAGGUUCUGAAGCUAAACAAAAUUAGUCAGCAUACAAGGCUUGGUAAGCUUAUAAGUUCUAAAUCCAUUUCAGAUUUUGGAAAGGUAAAUUACAAGUUUGAGUCUCAUUAAUAUGCAUGUUUGCUGUGUCUUUCCUUGUUAUUUCACUGGAGUCAAAACUUGUUUGCAUGUCUUGGUAAAUACCGUCUUAUCACUCUUAACCUUUAUGGGGUGCUAAGAAGAAAAGUAUUUUCUUUGAGUACAUCAGAUCGAUACUUUUCCCUGCGUUUUCCGUUUUCCACUGGCUUUACAAACCUUGUGUGAAAGAAGAAUCUGCAAAAACGGCCUGAAUAUGUGAUGGGGUGGCUUUCGUACUGGAGAUGCCAAUAUUUACUUGUGUCCUGCAAGGAAGGAAUAAAGCUCAGAUGCAACAAAGGAUCGAAGGAAAGUAUAACACUUUGAGCAUCUUUUGACAGCUUGUUUCUAACAGCGUCAUAGAUGGAGAAAAUUCUCCUGUUGCACUUUUGCCCUGGUCUCUUUAUUCAGCUCUUAGCAAUAUAAAGGGCCACAACUCCCUUCAUUGUAAACAGGCAAUCUUUCCUCCCCCACUUCUGAGCUGAUAGAAGUUUGAGAAUACAGCUAUACAAGAUGGCCAAAAUGAUAGCCGCUGUCAUUGUCUGCGUGUUGGUUUUAGCCCUGGAUAUCACUGCUGGCAUACUAGGACUUCAGGCACAGGCUGCACAAAACAAGACUAAAAAGGUGACAGUGCUCUUCAUCCAAUGUGAGAAACCGGUGUAUAAAGCAUACCAGCUAGGGCUCGCGGCAGCAGUGUUCCUGGUAGUUGCUCAUGCAGUGGCCAACUUUCUCGGCGGCUGUGCCUGCAUCUGCUCUCAGCUGGAGUUUAUCCGGGCAUCCAUCAACAGGAAACUUGCAGCAACUCUUAUAAUUCUCUCAUGGAUCGCUCUCAUCGUCGGCUUCUCGUUGCUGCUUGCUGGGGCCAUGUCCAAUUCCAAGUCGAAGACAUCAUGCGGGUUCGUGCACGGCAAGACCCUGGGCCUGGGAGGGAUCAUGUGCUUCGUCCAUGCGGGGAUCACAGUCGCCUACUAUGUCACCGCCACCGCAGCGGCACACGAAAUUCAUUAGGCCAGUAGGCAUCAUGCGUGCCAUGCUUUUGGCCAGGAGACUAUACGGUCUGAUACUUUCUCCCAGGAGAUAACCAUUCUUUCCUUGAUUGCUUUUGUUGUUCCGUAUCUUUCAGUUUGUUGUUCGGUCUUUUACCUUUAUAUAUACAACUCAUGGAAGCAUCAGGCUCCGACUUGUAUCAAAGUUGCGCAAAAAGGAAUAUGAUUGUGGUUUGAUUGAUUCA